AUGAAUAGCGAAGCUAAUGACAGUACGGAUGCAACAGUGGGUAUUGAGAACUCUGAGACCGUAGAAUCCAUCGCAGAAACUUCAGGGGAGAGCCGUACGGAUAGAAUUCGUAGGCUGAAUAGAGAAAGACAGAGACGAAGGCGCGAAAAACUGAGGAUGUCACGCCAGAGUGAAGCGCCAUCGACAACCAGUAACGACGUGGACCCGAGCAACGAUGUUGACUUGCUGUCUGAGGGUUGUGCGAUCGUAGAGGUGACGCUACCGCUAAAAGUCGAGACAGAAGUUCCAGAAGAAACGGAGGAGAAGCCGACUCCAAAGACUACGAGGCCGAAAAGAUCAACAAGAACACGGCAAAAAAUAUCAAGGCGAGAAGCGACCGCGGAGCAAACUACUUCGGACACAGUGUCUUCGGCAAACAACGCCAUUUCACCACCAUGUCACGAAAAUAACUCGAAAUAUGAUGGCGCUUCAGAAGAAAGCACAGUCCUUGUCGUCGCGAGCGAAGUAGAAGUGGUUGAUGAAAAGCCUCAAGAAAACGGAACGGAGGAACUUGCUGAAACUCCAGAAAGUAAAGCAGACGGCAAAAGAAGACGUCUACGUGAGUCAACGAAGAGACAAACAGACAAAUCGCCUGAAGACGUCGCGACAAAGCGAGUUGUUAGAGAGCGUGAAAAAAAGAAAAUGCAUGAUUUGCCCGAUGAGGUCACGGCCAGACGUGAGAAACAACGCGAGUUAAAAAGGAAACAGAAAGAGCGAAUGAGCAAUGAGCAGAUUGAGGCGCUGAGAGCGAGAUAUCGUGAAUGGCGGCGAAAACGAAAGGAAACCAUGACGAGCGAACAACUGGAGGUAAUUCGGAAAGGAAAUCGGGAAAGGCAACGAAGACGGCGUGAGCGAUUAGGUAUCAGAAAGCGGUCAACAACACCACAGACGAAAGGGGCUAGCGAAGCAGUGAUACAAGGCAUUAAGAACAAGCAAGCACAGAUUAUUAAACCGCUGCAAUCGAAUCUAACUCCCGAAGCAAGCCUUGUAGCAGCCGUAAACCAGGUCGCUUCGCUGAACAGCGUCGAAGCAGCAUCGGCAGCCGCCUCUUUGAUGCCUAAUCCCUCUCGAAUUGAGGGCCCUGUCGCUGUCACAGUGGAAGUGAAUCCAGGGGCCCCUGGAAUGACACCUAAUGUUGCCCAAAAUACACAGACCGUCGUAGGACAGCCGCCUUCUUCAGCCGGACAGAUUAUAAGUCUUCCUGUCACAUCAGCAAAUGUAACACAAGGUUCGUUGCCUCCCGGAAUGCCCAUGCUUGGCCCUCAAGGAACUAUUCUACAAGGUCUGCCACCUGGAUCGGGAACUCUUUACAGCAUGUCAAUGCCAGGAAUUCAGGGGACAUUGUUGUCUGGAGUGCCUGUUACUGCUGGACAAGCUGCAGUGCAAGGAAACAAUGUUGCUGGAAUGCCUUUCACAGGAAUGCAAGGUCUUGUGCCGGGGAUGCCUGCUCAGGGUGCAUUUCUGCCAGCAUCACAGGCUGGAGUCCUUCCGGGAAUGCAGACAUUUAGCAGUAUGGCGCCAACCAUGACCAAAGAUGGGCAGAUCUUACACAGCAUCUCCACGCUUCUUCCUAUAGCUCCAAUGCAGGGCAUUCAAGGAACAGGCCAAAGUGUGGCCUUUCUUGCACCCAUGCCUAUUGCUGGUCCCACUGGUCAGGUGCAAGCCUUUCAGGACGUGAGAGGAGCAGUAGCUACACCAAUCAAGGCCCAAAGUCCUGGAACAGGAACAAUGGUUGCUUCUGUACCAAUAGCAGAGAGUGUCACAGCAGAAACAGUUGCUGUUGUAGCUCCAGGAGAUGGAAGUGAUACAAGUGGGCAAGAUUCCAAAGUAAAAACUGCUGAACAACCCAAACCCAGAGGAAGGAGAGGUCGUAAAAGAACCACUUCUGCUGCUGAGAUGCUAGCUAACCUGAGCAACCUACCUCCAAUGAGCACUCCUAUGUCCUCAAUGCUAUCUGCCCUGGCUUCCCAGGUCAGAGAGAAUUCACAUUCUUCUGUAGUGACCGUAGAAAAAGACAGUGAGCCACCAGCCAAGAGAGCUGCAGGUGAUGCUUCCCAGGUCGCAGCAGUGAAAAGAGCGCCCCCUCAAAAUUUGAGUCAGUUAGCAGUCAUGGCUGGAAAUGUACCCUCUACCGGGCCCAACACAGUUACCUAUACAGAGAGUAGUUUUCCUGUUUCAAAUUCUGGUGCUAAAAUUCCUCACAUGAGUACAUUUCUCAAUCCCAUGGGUGGUGGUCAGAUUCCGAGUAUGGGUGUACCAUUUGCCAGGCCUGUGAAUACCUUUCCUCCUGGGGUACAGGCCAUGCCCGGUCAGUUCUUUGCACCAAAAGUGUCAGUUGGUGUUGCAACAGAGGAGAUCAGUAAAACAACAGUAGGCACCAACACUGAAAGCAACAACCAUGUGGAAAACAAUGGGAUUUACCAAUCAGCUGCAAUGUCAUCCAUAGGUACUAUGACUGACUCAUUGUACAAAGUUUCUGUCGGGACUUUGACAGGACAGAACAAUGACCAAGCACUCGAUGGCAACACAAAUUGUAACACUGAGACUGUCCUAGGAGACAGUUUAACUGUAGUUCAAGUUGAUGUCAUUGCACCCAAGGAAACUACAACUGUGGUCCACCCACAAGAAAUCAGUCCAGAGGAAAUAUUGCAAGAGGCCUUAAACCCGGAGCAGAUUGAACCAGUUGUUCAACCACUCGAUGGCAACACAAAUUGUAACACUGAGACUGUCCUUGAAGACAGUUUAACUGUAGUUGAAGUUGAUGUCAGUGCACCCAAGGAAACUACAACUGUGGUCCACCCACAAAACAUCAGUCCAGAGGAAAUAUUGCAAGAGGCCUUAAACCCAGAGCAGAUUGAACCAGUGGUUGUUAUACCAGAGGAUGUAGUUGAAGAAGUGGUAGAAGUAGCUGAAGUAGCAAAGAUCACGCCCAUUGGAGGUGCUAUGUAAACAUGGGGAUGCAAUCAGGACAAGCUUGAUGGUAAAUAAUAUUACUGUGAUUAUUCUGGACUUAGUAGAGGUAAUUUUAGGUCAAGUUUAAAGCCUAGAACAUGACAAUGAUUCCUCCUUUGUAUCAAGAGAACCAUAAGGCCCAGGUAAAAGAUUAAACUUCAAAUGCUAUGAACUUAACUCUAACAAGCAAAAUUUAUUGUUCUCUCUCAUUAGUAUUAGGUUCAUCAAAUGUUACAGUACUACUCAAAAGUAUGUUGACAAUCACUUGCGCCUUGAUUCUCGAAUCUCGAAACUUUCAAGAAUCGAGUCUCAAGUAUUGAGAUUCAAUUCUUGAGUUUCGAGAGUUGAGUCAAGAAAUAUGAGGACUUUGUGGCCUGAUUGAUUUCUCGAGGAUCAAAUUCACCAAACAGACCACACUCUGGUUUAAAAGAUUGUGAAGUACACACUGCAGACUGCCACAAACCACUUUUGUAAGCCUCGCUUUCAUUCCUGUCCCUGGAAAAAUUUUCAUUUUACGGUAUCUGAAGAGGGAAAUUUUGUGCAAUUUAAGGGCCGAGUUAAAGAAUUAGAGUCAUGGGAGUGGCACUUUUAUUAACUUAAAUUUGCUUUAUUAGAAAAUUGUUUUGUGUGUGUAGCCAGUCCUUCUGUGGCAACUACAUGGUGACUUUUGGCAGCUGCCAGAGCUUCUGGAGAACGCACACAGUGCUGUUUAUUGUGGUGUAAAAGGAUUUGUUAUGACAAGUCCACAGAUGAAAUCCAACAGUAGGGCCAUUUAUACGAGGAAAAAUUAGACGCGAACUUUCCGUAUAAACAGCACAUUUCGUCUAAAAUAAGUUGCGUCUUAGUUAAGUCGCGUCUUAUUGUAGACGAAAUGUGCUGUUUUUACGGAAAGUUCGCAUCUUAUUUAGGACGCGUCUUAUGUAAGACGUGCCUUAUUUUUCCUCGUAUAUAUUAAUGGCCCUAGUGUAUCUGUUGCAGGCCAAAAUUAUUAAUCAGGUUAAAAUUUUUUAGCUUCUAAAGGUUGAUUCUCAAUUUCCUUUGUCUCUUAACAAAGAAAAUUGAUAAUCAACCGAGAUCAAAAAAUCUUGACGUGAAUUUAAUUUUGACCUGUAACAUAUCCACUGAAGUGAAACUUAUUACUUGAGCUUGUGUAGCACUGAGAGUCGUAAUCUGCAAGUGGUAUUUAGUCCACAAAAGGGGUCAUGGUCCCAAGCGUUCCUAGCAGAGACUGAGGAAACUGGGGAUAAAAGUGGUAAACUUUCAUAAUAUGGAAAUGAGACUGGUAACAAGUAUGCUGUUUAUUUUUGGCAAUGAUGUAAUUUUUGUGUGUUUAUAUGGGCAUACUCAGUCAAUGCAGAAACAAAUCCCCGAGAACGAUUUAAGAAGUAAAUACCCCGAAGAGUACUUGAAAGUUGAUAAAAAAGGACUGUGAAAAACUUAUAGCAAGGAAAUACUGUUUCGUGUAGGAAGCCACUUUGUUGCAUAGGUAAAGAGUUCGAAAGCAAGUGAAUUUAAAUUUAUGUGAAUCAAGAAUAUUUCUGAAAUAUUUGAAGCAAUUCCUGGCAAAUUCAAUUUGUUAUAUGUAUUUAAUUAAUAGAUAGUGGCAUUGCACUUUAUAAAUACUUGGAAUAUCAAUGACUUAACUAUUUGUCACAUAUGUGUCAUGCAGCUUUGUACUGACUGUCAAGCACUCUGCUUGCAGCACUUCAUUUCCAAUGGAAAGUUCUAGUCUAUAAAUUGUGAACUAGUCUAUUUAGUUUUGUAGUAUUUGGAGAAAUGUGCUUUUUUUUCAUACUGAAGUGUUCAUUGAUGUUUCCUUGGUGUCAUAAUGUAGAUUGGCAAAGUCUCUGAGCCUCAUAUUGCCUUUGGAGAUUCGUUGAAAUUCAUAAAAAUUUAAACAAUCUUAUAGUUUUUAUUGAGGCUUACCCAUAUUAUAAUAUUAAUGGUUAGCAAAUGGCACAAGUUCAGGUACCCAAUUGUAAUGUUAUAAUCUUUUUCCAAUUUUUAAAACAGAAGGUAUGCAAAGUUUCUGACUGUUGUAUUUACCAAAGGCAGUCAAUGGUUACUGUGUAACGUGACUAGCUAGAAGUUUUUUGUCCUUCCCCACACAGACCCUAUAGCUUCCAUGCCUGCACAGACUUCUGAAGAAUAAACUGCUUCCCAUUUUUUAUCUUAUCUCCAAGCAAGGUUGAGUCAAUGCUUUUAGAACGUCGUGUUGAAGCUAUUUAUAGUUUCCUGUGAUACUGUUGCUGAAUUCUGCUGAAGAGUACUUUUACUUUGUGUUACUUGUGUUACUUUUCCUACAUGUAUCAUUAAAUGCGAAAUGUGAUUGGCUUAGAAAGGGUGGUUAUUUUUUGCAGCAUUUGUUCACCACUUGUAAGAUGCAAAAUGAACGACUUAAUUAUGGUUUUCAAGGAAUAGAACAAGGGAAUGUUUGUUUCUUACAUUUUCUGUUUCUUUGUGCAUUGGUUUUCAGAUUUUCUGUUUCAUGAGGACAAAGACAAGCAAAAGACAUUGAGAAGUAUCUACAUGAGGUCCCUAUUUUAAAACUCUUUGAACUUAAAAAUUUAUUUAAUUAGCAUAAAAAGAGGAGUACAGUUGACUCUCCUAGGAUGGGCAAUUUUGCUACUGCAUUAAAAAAAAAUGUUCCUAUUCAAGGGGGUGUCUCUCUGUCAGCUGUCCACCUCAAAGAGAGUGAAAAAAAGGACAUUAAUUAAAAUAAAAUAAAAUGACUGAAAAAAAAGGAGAGGUCAACUUGAAGUGUCCUUUUUGGGAGUUUUCUUCCCUACAAAGUUGUCCAUCUUUUACUUUAAGAGGUGUCAGUCCACUUUAAAGAAGAGGCCAACUUGAGGUGUCCGUCUGGCAGAGAUGCCUUUUAUAGAGGGAGUUGACUGUAAUAUGUGGCUGGAACCACCACUAAGUGGACCGUGCUUUUUUUAAAGGAAUGUCGCCCACUGUGGUGUCUGUGAAAGUUACAAAAAAACCUUUGACAAGGUACCUUGAUUUUAAAAUCUUCUCUGUGUAAAGGUGAUGUUACAUGAGACUAUUCGCAACGACGAUUUUUAGCGCAACAUUGUUCCAAAAUUGCAUCGCUGUGUUGCGCUUAAAAUCGUCAUUGCAAAUCCUUCUGUGUAACGUCAGCUUAAGAAACAAAGGGUCCUCAUUACAAUUCAUUCCCUAUCAAGUUAUACAGUAGCACAUCAUAUUCUUUAUACUAUACAUAUAUAUUAUAUAUAUAUAGCACACAAAUUAUUAGAGUUAAUUAUUAGACUUCUUCUGAAUCUAUGCUGCCUUGUGACUCCAGUUUAUCCAUUAAAUAAUUUUAUUUAGAGACAGAAGUUUAUUGGCAUUGGCUCUCAGAAAGGUUGAUAAGAGUAGUUUUGUAGUAAAAUGACGGCAUGUCACAAUGACUUGGUUUAUUGGUUUAAGGGAAUUUUUGUAUAUUUUAUCUGUUUAUGGUAAGCUGGUAUGCAGUAAUUUUUUAAUAUACAGUACAUGUGAGAAAAUUUAGACUGGUGUGAAAAUCUUAAUGUUGAAUUAUCGCUUAAAGAUGAGUGAUGUUUUGAAAAUAUCGUACUUAGACGUAAAGUUUGAUUUUUCAUAGUAGGUGUUAUAAUACCUUUUUAAGUGCAUGGUGGACUAUAACUACUCCUUCAUUUCCCAUAGAGAUAGUUGUAUGCCCUUUAGCUUAGAGACUGCUUCUUUUAUGAUUUAAGUGAGUCAGUGGGUCAUGGGUCACUGAAAAUAGUGUUUAGGGUUAAGCAAUGAUGAUAGUGAUUGGGCGGGGUUAAGCACUGGCAAUAACAAUUGGGGGUUACCGGUAAGUACUGAAAUAGUGAUUAGGGUUGAGCACUGACCUGAAGUGGUUAUAUCUACUUUGGCAAAUACGAGAAAUUCAAACUUUUGACUCAUGAUUCAUUGACUCAUUUGCUCUUAAUUCUCUUCAUCUUACAUCAAAAGGUGAUUUUUUUAGCUUGUUGAGGUGUUCACUUGUUGUACCAUAAAAAGAAGUGAAGAAUUACUCAUAGUCUAAUGUGUAAAAGAAAAAAACGAAGGCUUCUAGGUUUUAUUUUCGUACAGGCAAAGCCACAUAUAGAUUGAUAUUAUUGUUAUUCCGCAAGGAAAACCAGGUAAUUUGCAUGGUUAUAUUGUAAUACAGCAGUAUUAGGUAUUUAGAACUUACAGAGGACAAUUGCACUGAAUCUGAUUUAAGCAUGACAGGAAAAAACGAACUGAAACCAGUUUUGGAAUGUUUGCCAUGCUGUGGCCAGUCACACAAGAGAAUGUUUCAGUUCUGUUUAGUGCUUUGCAUUUUAAUAAGUAAAAACAUGCAUUUCUUUGGUCAUGACCAGCAUUUCAGAUAAUUUUUGGUGCUUCCAUUUUCCUGUUCACCUUUUAACGUAUAGUUUUAGUUGCGCUAAGCUAUUCAACAGCAUUCAUUUAGUUUUAGACAUAAUUGGUGGACAUUUUGACCAGAUUGCUUGUCUUGACACUUAAAAGAUGUCUUUGAACAAAAAAGAAGUGCUUUAACCUUAACCAGAAUCAAAACAUAGUGAAACCAAUGUAAUUUAUUGAAACAUGAUGAGACGUAACACAAGUAGGCCAGACAUGUAACAUUAAUAUUUUCUAACAGGUAACUUAAGGGUGCAUUCAAUGAACAUUUUUCAAUGGAAAAGUGGUAUACAGUGUAUUACUUUCUGAUGACCCAGAGCAGCUCUUAUGUCCCAAGACAGUAGCAUAAUAAUAAUUUCCUGAAUGGUGUUGUAAUCCAUUUCAAAGUUAACAUUAAUUUUACAUUUUAGAAAAGUGAUAAGGAAAAAAAUCUCACCUUAAUUGUAACAGUAUUGGUAAUGGUUUUGAUGUCUCAGUUUUUCAUGAGGUCAUUUCUUUUUUAACCUCUAAGGGUGGUGAAUGGUGAACUUGCAUGGAAACAUUUUUAUCUAAACUUGAAAUUUCAGAAUAUUUCUGAUGAACCACCGACAGUAAAACCUGCAUUAAGUUGAGACCAAUGUGUCAGGAAUUUACUCGAAAAUACAUGUAAGUAUGUGUAAGGGCCAGGAAGGGCAGAAAUUACAGGCAGUUUGUUAGAAGUUUAAAAUGGUGAGCAGAAAAGUUGGAUCUGUGCCCCUUGGGUCUGCUUAAAUUAUACAGCUGAACACUUUUUUAGUAUUAAGCUUUUUUCUUUUCUUUUUUUUUUUUUUGAUUUUCAAAUACUUUGCUGCAAGGUCUCAGAUUUUGAUAGAAAGUCUUGGUGUCUCAGCAAGUCUUAUGGUUUUCCAUUCACCUACCUUAGCUCUGUAAGCUGUCUCUAUUACAGGGUUUGUACAGAGUCUUGAAUUCUUGAAAAAGUCUUGAAAUUUGCUCCGCAGUUUUCCAGAACUAUAAAAGUCUGAAAAAUGGAGAUAAAGUCUGGAAAAACGGUAAAAAAUCUUGACGUUUUUUUUUCAAAGCUACAACAAGUGCUUUUAGAAGUGAAUUUCUUUUUCAAUUUGGUCAAAUCUUAUUCAAUCUCGCCCGUACAUUUGUAGCACACCAUGAAAAAAUCUUUGUUCCUGCGUUUAUUAAGGUCUCUAUUGAUCACCCAAUUUGAUAACCUUGAGUCUGGAAAAAGAAAUUCUUGUUUUGGAAAAAGUCUGGAAAAAGCCUUGAAUUUUGGAUCCAAAAAUCUGAAUGAACCCUGUUACUAACAGAACUGGACUAAGACUGUUAUUGAAUGCACCUAAAGAGUAUAGACUUGUAUUUGUCAUUUGAUGGACUGUUGGCCCCUUGUGUUGACAACUGGUUUGUUUAUAUGGUACAACUAUAUGUGAUUAUUUUAAAACACAGUUAAUGAUUUAAGUAAACAAAACUUUAAAAACAGCUUGUUGUCUUCUUUGUGAAGGGGGUAUAUUUUGCAAGUUGUGUUAUGCUAUUUGUUCAUCGCCAUUAUGUGACAGGAACGCAUGAUGCCAUGUCCACCAUUUUGAAAUGGCAGCCAUGUUGCUGCCCCAAACAAAUGUGUAAAGACUUUGUGUUACAAAUAAACUUGCAUAGCUGGAGGCCAUGUGAGUGAAAAGGCUCUUUUUAGGGUCAUCAGGGAGGGAAGUGAAAUAGCUUCCAGGAGAAUUUCCCCCCCUAAAAAGGGCACAAGUGCUUGUAUUAUCUUUUAGGGGGUAAAGUUUGGCAAUAUAAACAGACAAUAACAAUACCAUAAUUUGCAGUCAUCUAGAUAGCUUUUUGGGUAUAAAUCAAACAAUGACAAUGCUGUCAACCUGUCUUUUGAGUAGAAGGCCCAUUGUAGGUAUCUCUAGGGUGAGCCACCCUCCCCCCCCCCGACCCCUUCCCCACAAAAAAAAAAAAAACAACCCCAAAAAGGUUUGAAGAAUACACCCACCACCAACCCCAAAAAACCAAAGCCAUUUUGAAACCCCACCCGUGGUUUCCCCGCAACAUUCAAUCCCCACCAAAAUUCCGUCCCGAUGAUGCACACCCCCCCACAGAAAGGGGUAAAGUGCGUGCUAUUGAUUGAACAGGAUUUUCGUGUGUGCUCUUCCAAUCAAAAAAAAGAAAAUAACAAUACCAUAAUUUGCAGUCAUUUAGAUAGCUUUUUGGGUAAAAAUCAAACAAUGACAAUGCUGUCAACCUGUCUUUUGAGUAGAAGGCCCAUUGUAGGUAUCUCUAGGGUGAGCCCCCCCCCCCCCCCCCGCCCCCUUCCCCACAAAAAAAAAAAAAACAACUCUAAAAAGGUUUGAAGAGUACACCCACUACUAGCCUGAGAAAACAGAUGACAUUUUGCAACGCCACCAGUGGUUUCCCCGCAACAUUAAGUCCCCACAGAAAUUCCGUACUGAUGAUGCAUCACUACCCAGAGUAGUGGGUAUAGUGCUUCUGAUUGAUUGAAGCAGAUUUCCCACGCGGCACGACCAAUCUGCAGCACUAUCCAGAUCUGGGUUGUGAUGUGCCAUCAGUAUGGAAUUUCUGCACUCAUUUCUCAGACCCUAUUUCACGGGGAAGCCACUGGUGGUGUUGCGAAAUGUCGUCUGUUUUCUCAGGCUAACCCACUGUUUUUUUGGGAGGUCAUUCUCCUCCUGCAAUAAUUUUAACCACCAUUUUUUUCAUAAUCCUAAUCUGUCAAAUGCACAGAUUGCUGUCCAUCAGAUAGAUAAAGGGGCCAAACAGGUGCAAUACAAAUUCACCUCUCCACCCGUGCACUGAACAAGGGACACCUCUAUAAGGACACCUACGGCUGGUCCCUGCCUUUCUUUAGUCCCUUCAUUUGAUGGACAUCUCAGUAAGGCAGACACUCAAAGCCAGUCCCAAAGGUGCCCUCUGUCUUAGAGAAAUUUGACUGUAACGAAAAUCUUUAUCUUAUACAAGAAAUGGUUUUACAUUGAUCUACACUGUGUAUAAUGCAGACCUCACUGAUCUUUGUACACUCACCAACCAACAAGCCUUUCAUGAGUUGUCCCAUGCCUCUAUUUCAUAAGUCAGUCAAAUUCCUUGAAGAUGGACACCUUUGGGACUGGCCCUAAGUGUCCGUCUUAGAGAGAUGUCUGUCUUAUGGUGAGUCAAUUAUAAGGACUAAAGAAAGGCAGGGACGAACCCUAGGUGUCCGUUUACGUUCCGUUUUACUGAGGUGUCUGUCUUAUAGAGGUGUCGACUGUAGUUGAUAUGCAAAAAAUGAUUUUAAUUUUCAUUCAAAUAAAACCCCUUUUCAGUCAUGAUAAGUUUUGCACUUAGCCUCGUUUUAAAAGUGAGAGUUUCUGAGACUCGGAAACGGGGUAGCAGGGCCUUGGCUGUGCGGGACAGCGCCCGCACGCUCCCCCGCUUCGCACCCGAGAUAGGUCAUGCGCACUUGAGUAGAAGAACACUUCCCCUUGUCCAAAUGGCCGGAAGUUUUGAUUCAAGACAAAGUCAAUUGCUAUGAUCGACGUGUAGCGCCUUCCUUUCAGUAGGCACGUAGAACACCUUUGGCCAAGAUGCUUGAGAAGCAUAGGCAUUUGCUCAUAAAAUUUAGACAGGAGAUCGCGGAAGAUUUACUGGUGGACGAUGUUCUUGUUUUUCUGCGGAGCAAGUUCGUGCUUGAUUCGGAUGACACCGAGGUCAUUCGAGUGGAGAAAACGUCCCAUCGACAAGCAGAAAAGCUGCUAGACAUCCUCCCACAGAAAGGAUUCGAAGCGUUUGAUCAUUUCUUUUCUGCUCUAAGUGAUAAAUACCCGCAUUUGGCCAAGCUGUUGCAGAAUGAUUCAAACGAGGAACAGUUCAAAUUCAUUCUUGAGACUGUCGAUUCUCCUUUGCAGUGUAAGUAACCCUAAUAAUCAACUUAGGUUGUAAAAUUAUUGUUAAAUUUGUUGAUAGUUUUAUUAGCAAUCUAGCUGUUAUUCAAGCGGACUUCGCUGGCUGCCGUGUAUGGGUGCUGCAUGUAAUCAUUUCUCCUCCUUGUGAUUUAUUUUUGGGGAGGUCAGACAUGAAACCAGAUAUGCAAGGGAAUUUUAGUUUAAUCCUGCCACUGUUGUUAUGCAUUAUAAUAAUUAUUUCUCUGCAUCAUAAUAUUUUUGUUAAAUUGGUUUACCAAGUCAUUACAAAUUAAUGUUAAUUUUAAUGCAGGAUGUUUGCCUCUCUUGGAGUUUGUGUGAGGGGCAGUAAUGAGGGAUCUUGGGUGAGUGGUACUACCUGAGCCUUUGGGUGGGUGAGUACUUUUGGGAUCAACAGUUACCCUUAGUCUAUACCCACCAUGUCUGUACCCUAGGUACCCAAGAGGGGAGAAAAGAAGGGGGGGGGGGGAAGAGUUAAAGGUCACAGCAGUCAAUUAUGGAAUCUGAUGAUAAAUGCUAUGGUGCUACCUUUAAAUGACUCAGCUUUAGUAAGAGCUUAUUUCAUAUUUUUAUGGUUUUCACAAAACUGCAUGUAAUUCUUGCCUGGCGGAAUCACAAAUGAGGCUCAAUUACGAGCUGAUGUUCAGGAAAUGGGCCUGCGCUCCUCCUGCAAACAGAUAACUGGGUGCAUGGGUUUGCUGUUAUUGAUUUCCACCAAUCAUGACCUCUUCAAAUUGAGCAGGAGGCAUAAAUUUAUUUUCCUGGAGCAGAUUUCAAAUGGUGGAUGCAGAUGUGUUGUUUUAUGUGGUGGCAAUCAUGUUUUAGAGUGUUUUAAGAUUAAAAACCUGAAAUAUCGAGAAGCGUUAGAGAGGCUGGUGAAUGGUAAGGAUGUCUUGUUGAUCUGGAUCAUGAAUCAUUUUCCAGUCUGCACCAAUGGUUGUUGACAGCUAAUGUGAAGGAGAUAACUUUCUAUGUCCAUUCCCGUUGUAAUUUCAACCCAAAAUUUGCAAAUACAAGGUGCAAAAUACCUAAAAACAUCAUGUCAUCUGCUGAUUUUUUUUGGUGAAUACCAAAGCAGCAAUGUGUUUGGUAUCUGAUGACAUUUCCCAUAUCCGUAGUUAACAAAACAAGGAAUGACCCACAAUGAGCUACAAUGAGCUAAAAUAAGCUACAACUACAAUGUCCUACAAAGAGCUACAAAAAUGACAGACAAUACACACACACAUUGACCAUGAUGACACACAUCGACACAUCAAAUGAUCUACAAUGACCACAUCCAGUCAUUGUGGGUCAUUCGUUGUUUUAGUAUCUACAUUCCCAUAUCUGGCUUUUUCUAAAGAUGCAUGCAUUAAAUUUUGAACUUACAAUGCAGACACAAUUUUAUUGGUCACUCACACAUCUACCCUUUUCUUCUUGGGAAGGACCUAGAGAGUGGGCGAAUCAAACCUAAUGACAAAUAUCAUAGGUCUCAAAAUAGGCAGAUCUCACAUCAUGAUCAAGCUAGAUAAUUAAUUCAAACUUCAAGGCCAGGAUACUGCAACAAAGCUAACUACAAAGUUCCUUUCUUAAUUUUGUUUCAUCAAUAUUUUAUUCUCCAACAGUAGAAAUGAUGAGUGAAGAACACAAAGAUAUCCUAAAUACUAGCAGAGUGGAGAUUGUGGAAGAUUUGCUGGUUGAUGAUGUUCUUAACUUUCUUCGGAGUAAAAUGGUGUUUGAUCUGGAGGAUACUGAACUUAUUAGAGCAGAAAAAACUUCAAGAAGGCAAGCAGAGAAACUCUUAGACCUGUUAGAAACCAAGAGUGAUGCUGCAUUUUAUGACUUCCGUGAGUCAUUAGAGGAACCCUAUCCUCAUUUAGUGGAGCUGUUGCAAGACAAUUUGAGAAAACCGCGGGCUGUCUCAGAUGUCAGAGAAUUAACGGAAAGAGGUGAUCAUAUAAUAGUUUUGGAAGUUGAAGUUAUGUGAAGUGACCUGUUUUUUGUUGAUUUGAGAUCAAUAUACAGUCGAAUCUCCAUUAAGGGGCACCUGUUUAAGGGGCCACCCUCUAUCAAGCGGCCAGUGACCAAAGUCCCAAACUAAUUGUAGAAAAGAAUGGGGAAGUACAGCUCUAUUAAGUAAAGCUCUGUUAUCUGCUGAAGAUGGGCUGCACUGCCCUUUGCAGAUCAGACAUUUAGAAGCAGUCGUGGCCACCUUUUGCCCAUCCCAAUAAGAGUUUUUCCAUUGCUUUCACCUCCACUAAGUGGCCAUCCAGUGCUUACACUUAGUUUGGCCUCAUUUUAAGAAUAUAAUGAAGGAAAAUAAGGACUGAGGAAGAAGUUGACGACCGAUUGUGGAUCAGUAAAGCUGCUCUCGUUACGUGUUUGUUUCAGAAGAAAGUAAUAUUUCUGCUAAAGAUUAUGCUAAUUUUUGAUGAACCUCUAUUGAAUAUCCAACCUCCAUCAAGCGGCCACCUGCUGGUACCACGAGGGUGGCCACUUAAUGAAAGUUCAACUGUAGUCAACUCCUGAGCAUAUGUCUUAAUGGAAUACAUACCUCUUAUUAGCCAAGUUUGAGGUCUGUACUGUAAAUUAUGUGUCCUCGUUUUUUUUCACACAUGGGCCAUAUAUCAUUGGGAAAAAACAAGGAUAUGUAAUUUACAGUAAGGAUUGAGAAAACAAGGCUAAUAAAAUGUUUAUUGUAUGGCGUCCUGUUUCUGGGAAAGGAAAUUAGUGCAGGACAGGCGAUUUGACACCCAUUUGUCAGGUGUCAGAAAAUGAAAGUUCUCAUUGGCUCAUGGAAACAAUGGUGCAAAAGCUUUGAAAGUAAAAUCAAAAAGUAAAUGUGCCAAUUUGAUUUUCUGCCAUAGUUGUAGUUAAUAAAAUCCCCUAAAAUUCAGGCAUAAAGGGUAUUGACAGGGUCUGGAAGGGGCGGGGGUACUGAUCCAGCAUUCCCACUCCUUUUUUCAUGAAAAUCCCACAUCCCGCAAUUUUUUCAUCACUUUCCCAAAUCCAAUUUUUUGUUUCCAGAACAUAUACGUUAAAAAAGACUAAUAUUAAUUGCUGUAAACAAUGUAAGAUGUAGAUUGGCUCUUUUGAUUAAUAUUUUGAAUUUACAAGUGUUUUAUUGUCAUUGCAAAAAGGAAAUACUUUUUCAUGCCUCAGUAUGAGGAAGUGGAGGGGAAAAGGAGGAAGAAAGGAAGAGGCAGAGAGAUAUACAAUAAAAAGAGCCCCCAUGUGUACUUUUCUAACAUCAGGGUGAAACAGUGGGUCUUCUGUCCACUCGUCUGUUGAGUGUUUGACAGUUUCAAUUUAAUAUAUGAUCAUUACCUACAUCACUCUAUAGUUUGCUUUCAUAAUGCUUACGUGUUUGACUUCCCAUUUGCCACCAGAAUGUACGACUUCCCAAAUUCCCAACAGACAGAAAAAAAACCCGCAUCCCAUGCCCACAUUUUGGUGAAUCCCACUUCCCAGGAAUCAGUCAAAUCCGGUUUCCUGCCAACAUAUUUUGUGUUUUCCCGAAUCCCACUCUGUAUUAAGUUUUGGUCAAAUCCCAGAUCCCAAAAAUACCCUUUCAAACCCUGUAUAUAUUGAGGGUGACGCUGUCGAAGUCUGCUUAUGUCUUCGAUGUCCUGCUGAAAAAUCCUAAUAACUUAAACUUUUUGAUUUGGUCUUUGCAGUUGAAAAUGUGCUUCGUGAGGGUGGUGUUCCACAGCGACCAACGGUCUUUGCCAACAGAGCAAGAGAUCUUCAUAAGAUCCAUACUGCCCUUAGAGCGUUAAAGGAGCGAGAUGGUUGGGUCAUUUUACAUGGCAUGGCUGGAUGUGGCAAGACUGUGAUGGGCUCUGAAGCUCUUAGGAGCCCUGCUCUGCUAGAGGAAUGUUUUCCUGGGGGUGUACAUUGGGUGAGAAUUGGUCCUGUUGACCAGUCCAAACUUCUAAUGCGAAUGCAAAAUCUCUGUGCCCGUCUUGAUUCUGAUCACAGUCGACAACCACCAAGAAACACGGAAGAAGCCAAAGACAGGCUCAGAAUGUUAUUUGCUCAUCAGCAUCCUCGAUCUUUGCUAGUUCUAGAUGAUCUUUGGCAUUCCAGUGACAUUAAAUAUUUUGACAUUCGUUGUCGUAUCAUGGUUACCACGCGGGAUGCUGCAAUCGCAAAUAUGGUUGGUGGAUCGAAAGCCAAAGUUCACAUCAGCGAGGGCUUCACAGAAAAUGAAUCACUACAAAUUUUAGCCCAGUGGACAGAGCAAACUGUGAUUCAUCUUCCAGGGGAAGCAACUGAAAUAUUUCAUCUUACAAAUGGCUCACCAUUAGCAAUAAGCAUGGUUGGUGCACUGCUCCGUGAUCACCCAAAGAGAUGGAAGUAUUAUGUCAGCCAGCUUAAGAAAAAGAAUGUCAGCAAACUCAAGCCAAAGUUUGAGUAUGAAUAUCCAACUCUGACAGAAGCAAUUCGCAUGAGUAUCAAUAAUUUGCAUGAUGACUUAAGAGAACUGUAUGAAGAUUUUGCAGUGUUUGAUGAAGAGUCUAAAGUACCAGCCCAGGCCCUUUGUAUUCUAUGGGAUGAAGAGGUAGGGACACUUCUUCUUCACCUGCUAUCUUGAAAAAUGCAUCUGGUUUCAGUAAUGAUAUUUUUUAUGGGGAUGGGACAUUAACCCAUUGCCCAUCCCCCAUCCUCCAUCCCUAUCCCCCAUCCCCCAUCUCCCAUCCCUAAUUCCCUAUCCCCCAUCAACCAUUCCCCAUCCCCUAUCCCCCAACCUCCAACCCUCAACCCUAACCCUUAAACCCCAACCUUAAGGAGGGUCUGUGUCUCAGUAGGUUGAAUAUUAUUUUAAUGUCAUCAUUUGGGUGAGUGUAGUUUUUUCAUCAAAAGCGCUGUUUUUUUUAGUGAUUGAGAUUUUUACAAGCUGAGCUGCAAUCAUUGUCCUGGACAAAGUUAUGAUGACUUCUGCACAGCUUAUCAAAACAUCAGUCACUGUCUUUAACUGUUGUAUAUUGUAGUGCUCUUAACAAUAGUCAGUCCUGGCUAACCAGACUGGUCAUUUUGAAAAUGAAAUUAUGUUAGUCUUGUUGCAAAAUUUUCAGGAAGCCCCUCACUGCCGUGCAUGUUAUUCAGUAAUAGACUGAUCUUCUUAAAUAGUCUUGAACAAUAAUAGUGGAAUUCUUUUUGUGACUCGACUGUGUUCUGGCCAGUCAGUAAUCAUAAAUGGUAAGUGUUCCUAUUCAGGACACAUACCUGGACAAUAUUAUUAUUAUUAUUAUUAUUAUUAUUAUUAUUAUUAUAUUCUACAUACUUCUAAAAAACAUUGAUGGUGUCCUUCUCUAUAGUUUGAAGUUGUAGAGGACCUGAUGGAGGAUCUAGUAAACAAAUCACUGGCCAGGAGAAUAGUGAAAUCUGAGGACGCCUUAGGCACUUUUUAUAGCAUUCACAACCUACAGCUGACGUAUCUUCAAGAACAAGCACAAAACUUAGAAGCACUGCACAAGAAACUUGUAAACCAGUACAAGAAAUUGUAUAAGGGUGAGAAAUGUGUGAGAAUGGCUUUUUUACUUUAGAGAUGCAAUCUAUAAUACUUGGUUAUACUUACCUACCUAAGUAUACCUAUGUACCUACCUAGCUUACUUUUAAAAUACUUAUUUACUUACCUACCUACCUACUUAUAUACAGUACCUACCUACCUAACUAUUCACUUACGUAAAUACUUAUUUACUUACCUACCUACUUACCUACCUACUAGCACCUACUUUUAGUACCUACCUACUUACCUACAUGUACCUACUUAGUUACCUACAUCUACUUACCUACCUACCUACUUAUUCACUUACUUAAAUACUUAUGUACUUACCUACCUAUCUACCAACCUACCUAGGCCCUUGGCUUCUAGUGAAGCAUAGGCCGUCAACAACACUCCUAUACUAUUAUUUCUCUUAUGGUAAUUUUCCCAUCAGAACCUCACAUCUGGAAGGACACUAACUUUUAUUUCAUGGAUACCUAACAGGGUUGUUUAGCAAAAUGAUUGAUGAUGGCUAUAUUCACUGGAAUCUUUUGCGACACAUGCUUAAGGCUGGUCUUGUAGAUACGGCAGAGAAACUUGUUACUGAUCUGGAGUGGCUGGCUGCAAAGCUUAGAAUAACAGGACCUGCAGAUUUACUGAAUGACUACAUGUCCAUCAAAGGAGUUGUUGAUAACAAGGUGCUGUCAUAAAUGACAUACAAAGAGAUACAUCUGGUUAGAAGCCCCCUGGAUUUAAGCCUCCUUAAUUCCAAAUGUAUUGUAAUGAAUUCAAGUUAUUAUCGUGUUUUGAAGCUUAUUUUGAAAAAAGGAAAAAUAUUAGGAAAUGCAAAAUGUAUUUUGAUAAGCCCCCUUUGGAUAUAAAGCCCUCUUAAACCCCAUAGGCUUAUGUAUAAUGGCAGGUUAAGGCAUACAUGUAUAUUCUUGUCAGAUUUCAGGGUACACCUUUCUGUGGUAUUGAUGAGGAAAAUUUGUUUAACAGUCAAGAUCUUUACUUGUUGAUCUUUUUAUUUUUUCUUCCAACUAUUAUGUUUGACUGAUCAGUAUUGCUGUAAGGAGAAAUUUAAUUUUGGUCAAUCUGAAUGGUCAAAGGGUUUGAUACAAACUAUCGUAAGAGCACUUCAUGGACUUAUUGAAGUUCACAAUUUUUCUCUGGAAAAAAUCCAACAGUUUUUUUUUUACUUGGAUUAGGAUACGUGAACAGGUUUAAGGGAAAUUACGUGGGUGUCAUACCAAGUGUAAAACAAUUGGCUGUGCCUCCCUUUUGGAUUCUGUGAAGAAGUGCUCUUCCAUUCAUAAGCAAACUGGCAUUAAUUUUAGCACUUUUGGAUAAAUUAAGUUUAGCUUCUAGAAAUAUAUAGUUGAAAGGAAGGAAAUAUUUUAGCACUUAUACAAUUCAUUCAUGAUCAAAUUUUUAGGCAUUGAAAGUCAUAGAAGAUUUCCAUCAUUUUGUGAGUGUUAAUGCGCAUCGUUUUGUGGAGAAACCACUUCCUGAUUUGAUCCAGAUGGCUCUGAGUGAAUCAUUAGACUCAGAGGUGUACAAACAGGCUCAAGAACAAGCAAUGCAGCUGGCGGCUGAGGGCAAUUUCUAUCUAGACUGGAGGUGGGAAAUAAUAUUUUAGUUUUUAAUACAGUGUACUGUAGUUUGUAACAGCAGUGUUUAACAAAUUCAAUUUUAAAUGAUUAAUUCAUUUAAUAGCCAGGAAUCUAUGAGGUGAGGGGGGGGGGGGGGGGGGGUGGUGGUGUGGUUUCGUUAGGGUUGGGUCUUUAUGUGGGGGGGGGGUGUGUUAUCUAAUGGUGGGGGGUGGUUUUCGCCUGGGAGGGGGGGGUUUUGGGGGAAGGGCCAAAGGCCGGAAAAUUUUUUUGUCCAUAUCCUCCUGGGUGGGGUUGGUGGGUUGUGGGGGGUGAGUGAGGUAUUUGGUGUGUGAUGAGGGAGGGAAAAGAAUUUUUUUUAUAUUAUGUUAAGUGUGUUGUGUUUGCAAAGAAGGGAAUAAAAAAAUUUAUAUUUGAAAGGAAUAAUAUAUAUAGAAGAGGGGAUACUUGGGGGGGGGGGGGGGGGGAUGGGUUGUGUGUGUGUCUCCGUAAGUGUUGGGCCUUAAUGUGCGAGGGAGGUUGUAUACCUAUUGUUGGUGGUUGGGUUCAGCCAUGAUGGGCAGGUUUUGGGUGAAAGGCCAAAGGCCAGACAAAUUCUUAUGCCUAGUCCUCCAGGCUGGGGUUUGGGUGAUGGGUUAAUAUCCCAUCCCUGAAAAAAAUAUCAUUACUGAACCAGACACUUUUCAAAACAGGAGGAAAAGUGUUGAGGCCUUAUAUGUGUAACAGAGUGAAAGAGGUGGGGCAGUUGUGGUAUGCUUGACUGGGCUUGACUGAAAGUUGAUGUCCUCUGAAACUAUUUGUUUGUCGUUAUUUCUUUUUGUUUUGUUCAGUAAUCAAAGGGAAGAGUCACAGGAAACUCUGCUUAUAACUGUCAAGAUUCAUCAAGGAGCAGUUUACUGCUGCCAUUUCUCACAAGAUGCAAGCAAAGUGGUAUCCUGUGGUGCUGACAAAACUGUCAAGGUAUGCACAGGCAUCCCAUCAUAACACUUAAAUUGCAUUUAUAACUGUAAACAAUAGGUUAUUGUCAAAACAGUUCAAAAAGAGCCUAUUGCUUAAUUGGAGAAUUGGCUUCUCUUAGGGGCUGGUUCUUUCAGAAAUAGAUGUAAAUGAAUUUUUUAUUGCAAAAUACAAAUGAUUGAAGAAAACUUUUUCAGCGAAAUGACAACUGCAGCUUGUGGUUCCGGUUAAGAUGUCAUCUCUGUGGUAUGUAAGAGUACAGACAAUAGAAAAAUGUUGUAUAUGUCGUUAAAUACACUCGGAAUAAAUAAAAAAACUAUUUUUACAUGUCUGGACCACUUGGACCUUGACUAAGUGAGUGAUCAUCAUCGUCUGUUUUGUUCCAGGUAUGGGAGAGUCAUUCUGGUAAAGAACUGCUGUCAAUGACAGGACACACUGAUGUGGUGUACUGUUGUAACUUUUCCAGUGAUGAUGGUAGAAUUGUUUCUUGUUCUGCUGAUCAUACAGUGAAGGUUUGUAUGCCCCCAUUCCAAGUCAUCAUUAAUGUCACCAUAAAUUAUUUGCUAUGGUUUGUUCAUAUCAUCAUCAUCAUCAGCAGCAGCAGCACUAGCAUCCCAUCAUCACCAUUAAUAAUUGUCAUGUUCAUUAUUGUCAAAAAUUAUCAUCAUGAUUGUCAUCAUCGUCAUCAUUUUUUCAACCAAUACUGUAGUUCAAACAGUUUGAUAUAACUCAAAAGUAUUUUAAUUUAACAAAAAAUAGUCAAAUUUCUGUUAGUCUGAAAAGACCUUCUUGUUCCUAAUCCAAGGGAUUCUGGAUUGUAGGGUCAACUUCCUUGAUUUAGCUAUCUAGAAAAUCUCAGAUCUCUCAGAAUUGCAGUCUUGACAGAUAAUGGAAUUAGUCAUGUCAGUCUUUCAGAAUAAUUCUAGCAAAUUUCUAAGAUAUUUUGAGAACUGUAAAGAACAGUAAGUUACAAGUCCUUCCAAGAGGAGGAAUGCUGUCACUUUGUCAUUCAUUUCUGAGACUGCCUGUCACCAAGUAAGUUAGGAAAAAAUGUCACUGUUGCAUUUUAGCAAGGGACAAAAUAUUGCUUUUGGUUCAGCAUAAAUUUUUGUGAUACUCAAUUUUUGGGGGGAAUUUAUGACAGAUAUAGCACCUGGAAAGAAUUAUUGUUAUCAACCUUUCUCCUUCGAGGAACCGUUCUUGAACAAUACCAUAAUAUUAAAAAAUGUUCCAAAGAAAGUAACAAAAAAUGUUUGGAAAUAACAGAAGGGAGUUUGUUAUUUCACUGCCAAAACAGGCCAAAUGCAAAAGUGAGCAGGUGUCGCUUUUACUACUUAAAAAUGGAUUGUCUCAGUCACAAUAUUCUUUCCUCUAUUUCUGUUGAUUGUCGGUGUUUUCUGAGAGGAAUGUCGCCUGUCGCUUCUACCCCUUGGUAGGCCUCGGUUACAGUGCUUACGUUUUGAGGACAGCUUACCAGGUGUCUUUUGUUUUUUUGCUUUUGUUAAGAUUUGGGACUGCAGUAUAAGUGGAAGAGAAUUGCUUAACUUUAAAGGUCACAAUCAGGAUGUGUUCACUUGCAUGUUUUCACCUGACGACAGUAGUGUGGUUUCCUGCUCAGCUGACAAAACUGUAAAGGUAUUGUUAUAGUAAAUAUCCUGUACAUACAUUAACCACCAGUAGUACAAUAAUGAUGUCGUUGAUAGGUGUAUGACAUAAUUAGUAAUGUCUUCAAAGCAACUCCAAGAUCCUUGUGCUGGAUUACCAGAAGUGCAUUUCGAAUUUUCCUUCAACCUGAUUAGCUAAUUGAACAAUGGCUUUUUUAACAGGCCAACCAUAGUGUGCACUCAAACCGGGUACACAGCUGGAAGUCCAGAACAAGGAUUUUGGCACUGGCUCACAUGUGGACUUAACCAUAGGUGGAAAAAGGGGGGAAUAAGCUAUUGAGGAAAGCAUUCAUGGCACUCCACUUAGAAAUAUUUUCACUGGCUAAGGAGUACAGAAUUCUCCUUGAUUAUUCAUAUGGCAAACUUCAGCCUUGUUUGUCUACCGCCUGUACUGUAGGGUUAAUUGACGUGUAUUUCUUUUUCCUUUCUGUCCUACCUUGCAAGCAGAGGUUUCUCUCCCAUGCGAACGACUUCAUAAAAGCUAAAACCCAUGCAAAAGAGAAACCUCUGCUCGUUUUCUGUCCUUUUCAAUUCUUGAACAAACUGAGCACACUUCAGUUAAUUGUGUCAAAUAUUUAAGGUGUGGAACAGUGGAACUGGAGUAGAGAUGGUGACAUUUACUGGUCAUGCAGAUAUUGUAAGAUGCUGCUGUUACUCGCCUGAUGGGUCAAGGAUUGUUUCCUGUUCUGACGACACUCUUGUUAAGGUUUGUGGAGAUGUUUUAAGGUAUCAUCCAGGGUAAAAAUUCAUAUCGUUUCCUAAAUUGCAAUUUUUAGAUGAGUAGAUAAGCUCGAUGGGGACUAUUUUUAAAAAAAAAAUUCCAAGAAAAUGUUAUCUGCAGAGACAUUUGGCUAUUGAGUGGGAUACUAAAACUGAAGCUGUACAAGUAAUAUAAAUGUGUGUAGAUUGUGCUUUUUAAAGAUGUGCCCACCAAGAGACAUUCAGUUAUAAAUUACUUUUUGUUUCUAGGUCUGGGAUUCUUUGUCUGGACAAGAACUGUUUUCUCUCGAAGUUGGCACAAACUCUGCCAUGACAUACUGCUGUUUUAAGCCUACUGGAUGCAGCAUCGUUGGUGUCUCGGAUACUUCUGUCAAGGUUUGGCAUAAAAUAUUACAAGUAUUCUUUUUAUUUAUAAUCGUUAUCUGCAAAUUCGGUUUACGGUCAUCUCGCCACCGAAGAAAUCGCCACCAAGAAAUCGUCUCGCCACCAACAAAUAAUUUUGUAUUAAUUGAGACAGUUUAAUACCUCGGAUUACUUACCUAGGAGUUUUACUUUUUCGUCAAGCUUAUUCGAAUUUAGAGUCGACCCAAAUACAAAUCGGUGGAUCCUUGCGUCGAACGUCUUAUGCUCUUGAUAAUGCAAAUACUAAUAUUACAUGUAUAGGUUCUGUGAAUGUAAACUUCGACAUUUGAGACAUUAAAAAACUGGUAGAAACGUUUCACAACCACGACUCAUUUCUUUGAAAUAUGAAAAUAAAGUAACGGUUAAGAAAUUUCCGUUCAUGAAGGUUCAAAACAAUGCUAAGCUAAGUUCUAUUUUUGGUGGCGAGAUGACCAGAACCCGCUAAUUCAAGCCAUAGAUCGCAAUGGGAAAUACAGCAGUUACAUCAAUAUUAAUUGGGGUGAAUGUAAAGUUUUGCCAUUUAAAUAAAAGCCAUACCUUAUCAAGGAAGAUAAAUGCAUCGUGAAAUUAUCGCAAAAAAUUUGUGUCAAUUGUGGCCUUAAUUUUUGACAACGUUAGUUUUCGCGACCUUAAUUUCCAUUAUUUUGGCCCCAAAUUCUUGAUGCACUCCAGCCAUUCUUGACACCUAAGAAAGAGGGGUAUUUUAUCAAGGUGGAGAUCCACCAGAAUCAGUGAAACUCUAAAGAACUUUCGAAGUGGCCAGAUUUCUUCGCUUGACUCCCGUCGUACGUUUAGGGAAAGUAUAGCAAACAAAUUUUUCAUUUCAGAUUAUUUUGCUUAAUUCUGUCCCUGUGUUUUGUCUCAAAAAAUUUUGUUUCUUUGUGAACAUGGCGUUGAUUUUCUUUAUUUUCUGAGAGUCGUUUGCCAUUAAAUUUGUGUUAACUUAAGUCGCGUUAAUUCAGUGAGUUCCAAGGUGAUACCUUAAUUUCAUGGGUCAAGUAGUAGGUAAUUGCCAUCUUCUUUGUUUGCAUUUUUGUUUUAGAUAUGGGACUCAACAACUGGUCAAGAAUUAAAGAGCCUCCAGACACCAUCUACAACCCUCUCUUUGGCUUACUCUCAAGAUGACAGCAUUUUGGCUUUGGGCUUGUCUGACACAACUGUUCAGGUAUUUUGUUAUCCUCUUUACAACUUACUAUAAAUUAUUGUUACCACUUUUCAAGAAGGUUAGUACAGUUGCUAUAGAUCAUACAGCAUCUCACGUAGAUGUACUUGUGAAGAAGCCCUAAGAACGUCUGUCGUGGCAAGAUUUUUAAGCAGGGGAUGGAGCUGAGGGGAAGGGGGGGGGGGUCGGUCUUAUACCAGCAUCAUUAUUGAGUUCAUGUGUAGCUCUUGAAUUUGACGUGUUUUAAAGAUUUUGUGCAUUUAUCUUUUUUUUUUAUCUUAAAGUAACCUGUUACCCAAGUGAAACAUGCAAGUGUGGAUGGGAAGCAGAUGCAGUCUCCACAAAUAUAUUGUUAAAUAUUUUUGCGAGCAUGGUUUCGUGGGUGCUUGCAGGGUUGUAAAAGCUCAUAGGAAAGCCAAGAUUAAGAUGCAUUCUCCUUUGUCAAAACGCAAUAAAUAGAAAGUGUUCUAAAACGGGCUUACCUUUGAACUGUGUUUGCCAAUUUCUUGUGGUGCUUUGAUCAUGUAAGACCAGGGUGGCCUAUGCGUAAUGCACUGUUUCUUGUUUUUUUUUUCUGCUAGCUGUGGAAUGCCAUUAGUGAAGCCAGCUUGGGUGCGUACAGAGGUCAUUCUGGUUGGAUCCACUGUGUCGCCUUUUCACAGGAUGCCUGCAAGCUGGUGUCGGCAUCAGAUGAUGAAACUGUGAAGGUAAUGAUCAGUGAUAAAAGAACUGUUUAUGACUGCCGGCCUGGAGGUAAAGUGGUGUAACGCCCGAGUACAUGGACACCAGGUUACCCUGGGUAACAGGGGUUUUUUCUCGCGUGUGGCGGGAUGUUUCGGGGCCGACAGGUCUUCGUAAAGACUUGACCGAAACUGGAAACCGCGCAUGAAAAGUCUUUGGUACUCAGGGUGCUUUCGUUGAUUAUUUUUUGAAAUGAAAAUGAUCAUUGGAUGAGGCUGAAUAUUGUGUAAAGAAUUGUUUCUGUCAAAACAUUUACAAGUUCGCGAUCUGCAAUUUCAGGAAACUAAAAAAUGUUUUUCUUUUAGGUAUUCAAUAAAAUGUAGUCGACCUCCUUCAAGUCUAUUUUCUUGUUGUUGAUAUCUUGAGGCAGUAAUUACCUAAGUUUUUGAAAUCUUCCAUCAAUUGUCUCAAGCUGUGCUCUAUUAAAAAUCUGAAUCUGAUCCCUCUGUGUGUCUAUUUUUGUUUGAUACAAUAGAAUGCCAACUGAACUGCAAAGUGUUUGUUCAACAGAGACCCGAGCAGGUUUAGUUGGGUAUCAGUUCUGGCCCUGCAGAAGACUUGUUCUCCUUAUCAUCAUCAUCACCAAUUUUGUUUCCUCGUGAAGUGCAGAACCAUUAAAAAAAACUUGCCCAGCUUGACUUCCUUUGACCAAUGAUAUUACAAGGAUAUACUGUCCACUGUAGCAACGAUUAUUUGCUCUGUAUGUUGCCUGUUUCCUAAUGACUAUGGCGAUUGAGUUGGUUCUGUUUUACCAAUUUUUUAUUCUUUCUCUGUCUGUAGAUAUGGACUGUUGACAAAACUACCGUUCAGGGCUCUAUCAAGCUGAGAAUGGUUUUUGAUGUUUUAUUUCUGGAUGGGUCGCUGAUUAUUGCCAUAACUGAUGCUUGCAACAGGCUCAUGGUAACAUUUGCUAUUACAAUGAAUGCGUUAAUUUAAAAACUGUCAUUGACACUUAGGGUCCUUACCAGAAGUCAGAAAAGGCCAGCCGGACUGUCAGCCGGACUGGUAUUCAAGAACCUAACAAAUAAAUCGCCCCAUCCAGAUUCUGGAAUCUGGGAAAUUUUUGCUUGUGGAAUCUGGAAUCCCCACUAUCAUUGGGAUCCGGGGGGGGGGGAACUCCACAUAAAAGUGACGGGGAUGCUCGUCGGAAAAUUAAAAUUAAACCCCUAAGGGAGACCAAUGUGGGUGUGGCUUAAGCUUAAACUGACCCCUAAAGGAGACCACACAAAAACACAUAUAUCACGGCAUUUUCCUUGUAAAUUUCUUUAUGCACAGCCCUAAGUGAUACCUGAAUGGGCAAAUAUAGUGACUUUCCGUCCCAAACACCCCAAAUGAGAUCGAAAUUUGCAAUUUACAUCCCUAAGCGAGACGACGGGCAUCUCCGUCACUUUUAUAUGGGAGUCCCCCCCCUCCCCUCCGUCUCUAGAGAGAUCUAUGUCAUUUGGACGGAAAGUAACAUAAUUCCAGUGAACAAGAUCCAAAAGGCUUUUGUACUUCACUAGUACAAAAGCGCAACAUAAAGUUUGUGUAAUUUUCCCUUUUAGAUAUACGAGGGUGAAAAUACCAAGUUUCUGGCACAAAGUGAACCACACGCAUGUAAAAUCACUAGCAUAAGUUUCAAUAGUGAUGGACGGCAAGUUGCGAUCGGCUUAGGUGAUGGUAGCGUUAAGGUAAAAUUCUUUUCUUUUCUUUUCUUUUCAGUUCAGUUCUUUUCGGGGGUUUGCAAGCUGUUAAACAUGAACAGUGAAAAUUCCCGUAUUAACCCCUUCCCUCCGAAAAAACUCUCCCUUUUUCUCUCCGCUCAGCUUUGCUCUUGGUCUGCAAACAUGUAAUACGGCGGUCAUGUUGGUGGUCACUAUAUUGAAUUUUAUUUUUCCAAAAUUUACGUGAAAAUAGAGUUUAGUUCCCAGCGAAGAGAAAUGCUGCCGUUCUUGAUCAUCAACAUGGCCGCCGUGACGUCACACGAAGCCAGCAAUGCUCUCUUGCACGGAAAUCGUUUUACCUUGGAAAUUACAGUAACUUCCGAUAAAAGGUAAGAGAGCACUCAGCCUGUACUAAACAUUGUGAUGAGUCGUAGAAUUCAGAAUGUUGUGCAGAAUAACAGCACAACAUAGACUUGGCACAAGAGUACACGGCACAGUACACAAUACGUUGUCAUUACGAUCUGCCAGUCUUAGUUUUGACAAAUGCUAUUGGGAAUAUUUAACAGAAAACUCAUUCUAAUGGACCUUUUUACCGAUACGGCGGCCAUAUUGAAUUUAUUCGAUUUAAGGAGUAUUAUAGGAUGCCCAGGGGGCAUGAGCACAUUUCGUUUGUAUUUUUAAGCGCUUUUCGGGACAUUUUUUCCUAAAUUUUUUUUGAAUAAGAUUGUAACGGGAAAAAGAUCCCUGUGCCGUGUUUGGAUGUAAUCGAUGAAAUAUGCAGUGAAAGACCAUAUUUCUAAUACUAAACUAGAAAAAGGCGAUCAUUAUUACAUCCAAACAUGGCACAAGGAUCUCUCUCGUUACAAUCUUAUUCUAAGAAAACUUCAAGAAAAAAUGUCCCGAAAAGCGCUCAAAAAUACAAACAAAAUUUGCUCAUGCCCCCUGGGUAUUCUAUAAUACUUCUUAAAUCGAAUUAAUUCAAUAUGGCCGCCGUAUCAGUAAAAAGGUCUAUUUAUUCAUGAAUUGUUCAUUUGAGAAGUGUUAUUGCACCAUCUGCUUGUUUGUUUACUUUAACGGUUGGAGUUAAAGCUUCAAUAUACGGCAAAUUAGAAUUCUUUCCCAAUGGAUAUUAUAAAUUCAUCAUACAUGAUAACUCACUCCCUAAGUUAGCGAUGAGUUUCGCUCAUGUCUUGUUUUAGUUCGUCGGUUGUUUCCUACCCUGCGAGCAUAGGCCCUUCGAUUAUCUAGGAAGAUCGAAGGGCCUCUGCUCGCAGGGUAGUUGUUUCCUGAAAUCUUAGGUAGAAUUUCCCCUUCACGAGAUAAAUUUGUGAGUAGAAUACUUAUAGUAAUUUUUUAGUAACCUUUUCUCAUGAUCUCAUUUUCAAAAAACUUUUUUUUUUACUUAGAUUUUGGAGAAAUCUUCUUUUAAAUUCAGUCAAGAGUUUCAUGACCACUCAGGUCGUGUGAAGUGGUGUGCAUUCAGUAAAUGUGGUCAAGUUUUAGUAUCGGUUUCGGAUGAUUCCACUGCAAAGGUAACAUUAGCUAUAACACUGGUAAAAAUAAAUAACGUAGAACAAAACGAACGACAAUUUUUUUUCAAUGUUUGGACCUUAGGUCUUGUAAGAUGCAAUUUGCUCUUUUGUUGCUUUUGUUUUAACAGUUUUAUUCCAGUUUUUAUCCACGGUCCAACUAAUAUAUACCAAGAAAAUUGGCCCUGUAUUCUGUAGUUAUGCCAACAGCUAAAAGUAACUGUGUAGUGUGUGUUUAAAUUCAGUCGGAACAAACAUUUACUACUGGUGACAAUUUACAAUGAACGUGUUCGCUUACUGUGUAGGUUUACAGUUGUGUGGAAGGACGACUUCUGUUCUCACUAGAAGGCCAUACUUCCAGUGUUCAAAGAUGUAUGUUCUUUAAUAAGGACCAUCGACGCCUGCUUACGUCUUCUCUAGAUGGAUCACUUAGGGUAGGGACUGUUAUUUUUUUACUAUUUAAUUCAAGAGAACAUUAAAAAUCCAUUCUACAAAAUGCCCCGAAAGAAAGCCACUCAGAAUCCAUGUGAAGUAAGGCAAACUUAGCCUGUGUACAGACGUCCUCUCCUCCCUCAGGAAAAAAUCGGGAGAGGAGACUUAACCCUGGCUUGAAGCUUUGUUGCGACCUUAUUUAAGAUUAAGAUUAAAUCUUUAGCCUGAUAUAAUUUCCAUAUAAUACAGGGUGCCUAAUACGGUUCUUCAAUUUCGUCAUCCUGGGUUAAAUUCAACCAUCUUUCGAGUAACCGGGCCCUGCAGUUCCCAAAGAUUCCUUUAGGGAAGAAAGUCGAGUGCCAAGUAUUGAAUUCCAAAUGUCAUUCCGUAGAGUGUCGAGGAACAUUUUUUUUGAAAUUGGUCACGGUGAACGAACACGGUGACAAGGAAUGAAACAAGACUUAGGUCAACUCCUUCAUUACCCAGCCAGCCCAUGGAGCCCACUCCACCUAGGGUAACGGAUUGAGGAAAUCUCCCGUAAUUGGACAUGGGUCCCAACCACAUACAAACACUAAGUUUUCAACCUUCUUGCAUUAGUCUAUAUUUCUACUGGACUUCUAAAAGUCCUUUAUUUUUUUCCCUGGUUGGUUAUGCCAUUUUAAAGGACUCUUCAUACCUGUUUAGCGCGAAAUUCGCCGGUCGAAAAUUCUACCGUUGACGUCAUGACAAUUGAGCAAUAGGAAAGUGGGCGAUAUUUCACCCCGCUCCCGACACAGCAUAUGUCAAUCAUUUUUUUCCCGCGUAAAUUUAUAAUGUGAUUCAGAUCAAUUCAGGCGAAACAAGUCGAGCUCCAGACUUCGUCGCUCGCUCGGUCUUUGCGCGACCUCAUGCUUUUAAGCUCGUUUCACUCGCUUUUAAGAACUUAUGAGAGGUCGACUUGUAGUAAGUCUAUAUUUCUACGUACUUGACUUUCUGCAUACCCUUUAUAUACUAAGUCCAGUCAAAUUGUGGUUAAACACUAACCUGAUUGCAACAGAAUUUCAAGAGAUAAUCCUCUCGUGGCGUUCAGUUGAAAGGAUGAAGCCCUGGCUGCAUGGCUUUCAGUGACUCCUGGGUGGCGCCUAUUUCCUUUAUGUAAACUUAACUUUUACACACGGUUUUCUCUCAAGGUGUGGGAUACACAGACUGGUUGCCUUCAGUUUUCCUGUAAGCACAGCAGUAGUGAAUACAUUCUAUCUUGUGAUGUGUCGCAGGAUGACUCAAAACUGCUCUCUGGAUCAGUGGAUAGAUACGCCAAGGUAAACUACGGAUUAUAACUAUACAGCAAGCUGAGGUGAAAUCCUCAACUUGGUUAUCAUAAUCACAUGCGAAACAAACUCUGCACUGUUCGACAGGAACGUCGAAGAAUAAAUAAAGCAACGAAAAAGAAUUGGACAAUUUUGCACGUGCAUCGCGCUUUUCUGUUAUUUAUUUAUUUAUUUAUUUUUUGCUCAUUUUAAUACGACGUGAAAUGGCGACUUUAAAGUUUUGUUUAGAACGUGGAACGUGCACGUUCAGGAGAAAAAUUUGUACCUGUCUGAAUUCCAUUCCGAAUUCGAAUUCGAAUUUUUUUUAAUUAGGUAGAGAUUUGUAAACAUAAUUUUUGUACUUAUAUGGUCACUCUUAAUAGAUCUUUACAUACAGUGUGUAUUUUGAUACGGCUUUCAUGUAAAGAAGUUUUUAACUUAUCGAAAGUACCGUAUUGAAGUAAAAGUGAUUCAUUCAUUCAUUAAACUUGGACGCGGAUUCUCUUCUUUGGAAGCUCCAACUUAAUUUCGCAGAUUUUAAUUCAGUCAGUAAACGACUUGAAAUAAUCGCGAAAAAGUUUGAAAGGACGCCAUGUCAGUUUUUCAGUGAGUUUUCAUUGGAGUCGUUUUAAUGUUGUCGGAACGUAUGGUCUGUAUUAAUGUGAACCCUACACCACACGUAGCUACGUCUCUGAAUUUUAUGGCUAAUGCCGGUCCAGGCUAGCAAUUGAUUCCAAAUCUCUUCGUCCAUAUGUUUUUCGUGUAACCGUGAUCAAAACCGCCUCGCGCGACAGACUCAAACAACGUCAGAUAACCGCUCAGUGUAAACACAAAGUGUCAUGAAAAUAUGUUUCAUUUGUAAGCAGUGUGAGCAUGUUUCGUUAAGUGUGAACACAACAUUAGUCAGAUUAAAUUUAAAACACUUAUGAGUAAUCUUCCUUCUACCAUGCUAUGAAAUUCUAAAGUGCUUAUUCUAGGCGGCGGGUCUAAAAUACAGGUCACUUUUCACGGGCCAUUCCUAAAAUGUUAUAAGCAGGCUUAGCUUACCUCUGCGUAACUGUUCCAACUUUCGUUUAACUGCCGCAGUGGAAUUCAGAAUACAUGUAGGCAGGUAGCUUUUUGUGUAAUUACCGACACUUUCAAACUUAACUUUGAUUAAAGUAAUUGGAAAGCAAACUUCUGAAACUAAAGAAAACAAGAACCAAGCCACAUGUUUUUCAACUUCGUCUGCACAUGCGCCGAUUACAAAUUGAGGAGAUGUUGACGCGUGGCACGUGCAGCACGUGCAACUCGUGUUGAUCAGCUUAAAAUGAAAAUACAUAGAAAGAGCUCUCCUGAAUCAGAGGCUCAAGGCCCAAAACUUUAGGCAAUGAUUUACAACUUUUCUCUCAAUUUAUGUUUGCACGGGAAAUAUUAAGAGACGCUAUCAAAUUUAGCGCCUCCUGACUUGAAAACGUAUCGCAGUGUUUUUGUCGCCGGGACUGUUGAGAGAAGUUGAACGUAAUUCUACUUAGUGUACGAUUUGCUGCAACGAAAACGCUACACGGACGUGUUCGUUUUAGGUAAUGUCAGUGGGAAAUCCUUGUUACAACGGGUGUCGAAACACAAUUGCUAGACGAGUUGAGCUGGAGAAUUUCCCUAAAUAAAGAAAAAGCUAGAUCCCUUCGUGUUCUCCGAAUUCCACUGCGCCAUUCUAAACUCUACGUUUGGGCCAAUAUUGCUUCGAUCUUUGCAGUAGGUGUAAAGAGCAGAGCUUAAAAUGUGAUCAAAAGAGAAUUAUCAAUUUGCUCAUUUUUGAAUGUGUUUAGGUUUGGGAUGCUAAUUCUGGAGCUCUUUGUUUCUCCCUUGGGCCGCAUCCUGACUGUGUGAGAUCUGCGUCAUUUUCUAAAGACAACAAGUUCAUCUGUACUGGCUGUGACGAUGGAACAGUUAGAGUAAGUGCAGAGCUGUAACAUUUGGAGAUAUGAGCAAAAAAACCCAAAUUGAAAAUGAAAAAUGUUAAAAUGAAUGCACAAACCAACGAGAGAACAAUAAUAUGUUGAAUGAAUAGGCGUCCUCAAUUUUUAAUAGGUAACUUAAAAAGUAUCUGUUUAAUGAGUAGUUAGGGAGGUAUGUGGUUGUUGUAAGUUUACUUUCGUCAUUAGACAUUUAGUGAAUCAGACGCUAUAUAGAGUUAAAUUACAUUCCAACUAUACACAUAGCAGCUAUAAUGAUGUCACUAUACCUCAAGUGGUAUAAGCUCGUUAAAUGUUUGUUAUGGGCUAGUAGGGGUAUUAUGUAAUGUUUUAAACACACUCCUUUGUCAGGUGUGGAAUGUCGCUGAUGGACGAGAACUUGCAGUUUGCAGUAAACACGAUGGAUGGGUAAGCAGUUGUUGGUUCUCAAGCGACAGCGACUUUCUGGUUUCCGUUAGCAACAACAUUAAGGUACGAUUAUAUAUUUUUUUUACUGGAAUAUUUAUUCGUUUGUCACUUGUUGUUUGCUUGCACAGUAUUUUCUCCAAUUUGUCUUGGGUUUACAGUCGUUCCAAGAGAAAUCGAAGACAAUAGAGACCUUUAGUAUCAGUUGUUUUCGUGGUUAGUGCAAACUGCAAACCUGAAGAUGUCCGUGACCAUGGUCUUGCGGUCACGUUUGCAGUUUGCAGUUCACGUUUGACGGCGGGAAGGGCUUCCAGCGGUAAGUGAGGCAAGGUUUUUUGGUACAGCCUCAUAUUUUAAGGCAGGGAAUAGGUUUCUACACCCACCUGGGAUGUGUUAGUUAGAAUUUGAACUCCAGUCAAUGAUUUCUUCAUGGUUUGUAGGCGAUAAAAGUGAAGCUCUUUGACUUUACGAAAAGUAGCGAACGCUUGCUAAAAUUCGAAAUUUCGACAACGUGAAACUGCAAACGCGUAAAUGCAAACUGCAGAUUGCGGUUUGCUGUUACCUAUGAAAAACAUGAUACUAAAGGUCUCUAAUUGGGGGGUAAACAAGGUGCAUUAUGGUCUAUGUCAAAAUGGUGCAUUCGCUACUCAGUUGCUAAGUAACAAGCUUUCCGCGCAAAGACUUCCGGAUUGUUUGGGUGGACAAGCGUUAGUUGUGAUAGGUUAAUGACAUCCAAAGGCGACCAUAAACCGAUCAUUGUUUGUAAAUAGGCCACCCAAUGAUCCCAGAAACCUUUUCGCCGACAGCUUGUACCCAUUCUUCUCGCAGUUUAUGGCAAAGUGAAUUUGUUUUUCUUGUUGCAUAAAUGAAUCCAAGUUAUUUGCUGGCCCCGUAGUCUCCCACGCAGCCGUUUUUGUCACACCAGACUGAAGGAGCGUUGCGUGACCAAGUGGCAAGUGGGAAACUAUUGGCCACGAGUAACCGCAAAAACCUCGGCAAAUUUUUACUGAAUGUCAGAAAGUUAUCAUUUGUUUGAUUUUUUGCCUGUCUCUUUACUCCAGUGGUGGAAAAGAGAUAGCACAUUGUGUCAACAAUUCAACUUGAAGGGAGUCCAGGCAAAAAGUAUUCUGUUCUCGCCUGAUUUCAAGACCUUUGUGACAGUGGAUAAUGUAGGAAUGAUCUACGUUUUGAAGAAGAUUUCUCCGUGAUCUGACCACUGGAAUGUUCCCUAAUAAUGCUUGCAUAACACAAUCAAGUUCGAUAAGAAAUUUUUAGGAUAUACAUAUCGAAUUCGUAAAUAUUAUUGUGAUCAGAACUUGUUAGUCUUUUGAGGAAAAAACAAUUGCUUCGCUAUAACCGGACAUCCGUGUUAAGCAAGUCAAAAAAGUUAAAUUUAUGAAAGGUUUUUAAAAAGCAUUUUGUUUCCUCGAUUUAGUUUGAAGAUCAAUUCUUGCAAUAGAACGAGCCAAAAGUCAGCGUUCUCCAUAUUAUUGUGGAGAAAAAAGAUAGACCUCUUUAUCGUUACAUCGGGCAUAUUGAAGAAAUAAAUUUUUAUGAAUUUUGCGGGGUGUCUAGGGAAGAGAGGCAAGUUCUUGGCGAAUUCGCGAAAAGUUUUUUUGAUACAGAAUGUCAGAGAGGAAAAGCCGAUUUUUGUACCGUGUUUGGGUCAAAAAGAAAAAUGUUCUUUCGAAAAGUAUAUCUAAAUUUAAUUCUUAGUUUUCAAGAAACCAAAGGUCAUUGCUGCAUCCAA